UCGCGCGUGAGUGGUGGUUUUAUUGUUUUUUUGUGGUCAUGGUGGUUAUUUCAAUUGCAAUUUCUUUGAUUUCAAUUUCUUUGAAGGGUAUCUCCUGUAUCUGUUUCAUUUUGAGUGAAGGGCCUUUGCAGGCCUUCCGUAAUCCGUUGUUACCGAGUACCAGUGUAAGUACAGAAUGGACGCCGAACCAACGCAGAAAACGAGGGAUCUUGAUUUGGAUUUAAAGAUGGAUCAGCAUCAGCAUGUGUCUGAACUACUGCCGCUCAUGCGGGCUGCGUCAACGUCACCAGAAGAACCAAAGUGGUCUCGGGAGGGCUCUCCUGACAGUGACGAAGAAUGGGUCUCAUCACAGUGUGUGAGGAAGUCUCAGAGGCUGAGGGACUCUACUCCCAUAGACAGUGGCUCUGAGAGCGACUUUCGGCCAGUUGUGAAGGAGGAGAUAAAGAUUGAAGUCACUUCACCAAGGGUUGAGCGGCCGUCGUCUCCCUCGGUGCGGGACGACGAUCCUUUGUCGGACCACGCUCUCCAUUCGCUGGUGAAGGAGGAAAAGUUCCGACAUCGAUCACCGUCACCGUCUGAGGACUCCAUCGGGUUCACUGAGGUGGACCGGGACAAGACGUCAAAGCCCGUUCCGCGGGGCUCUGAGCUGCUGGUGUACUACGGAGACGACUCGGCCCGGGAGCUGACCGUCCACUCGGAGACGUCUGAGGAGUCUGUGACUUCCUCUCCGGCCGGACCUUCAUCUUCAGGUAUUGGUGGUACACUUCGGUGUCCCCACUGCGGCUUCCGAUGCCUCGGACAACAACGUCUGGACAGACACGUGAAGAGAAGUCACGGUCACGUCGACAGGAACGGGAGAUUCAAGUGCGAGUGGUGUCAGUACUCAACCGACAAUUCCAGCGACAUGAAACGCCAUCGAAGGACUCACACUGGGGAGCGGCCGCACCGCUGUGAUAUCUGUACGGCACGGUUCAUUUUACGGUCACACCUCACGGCACACAUGCGGACCCACACUGGGGAGCGGUCAUACAGCUGCUCCUUAUGCACGACACGGUUCGCUUUACGGGCUCACCUCACCACACACAUGCGGACCCACACGGGGGAGCGGCCGUACGACUGCUCCAUCUGCAAGGCACGGUUCACUGAACGGUCAACCCUCACUAAACACAUGCGGACCCACACUGGGGAGCGGCCGUACGACUGCUCCAUCUGCAAGGCACGGUUCACUGAACGGUCAACCCUCACUAAACACAUGCGGACCCACACUGGGGAGCGGCCGUACGGCUGCUCCAUAUGCACGGCACGGUUCUCUCAACAGUUUACCCUAACAAAACACAUGCGUAUCCACACGGGGGAACGGCCGUAUUGCUGCUCCAUCUGCACGGCACGGUUCACUCAACGGGUCAGCCUCACUAAACACAUGCGAACCCACACUGGGGAGCGGCCGUACAGCUGCUCCUUAUGCACGGCACGGUUCGCUUUACGGUCUCACCUCACCACACACAUGCGGACCCACACUGGGGAGCGGCCGUACGACUGCUCCAUCUGCAAGGCACGGUUCACUGAACGGUCAACCCUCACUAAACACAUGCGGACCCACACUGGGGAGCGGCCGUACGGCUGCUCCAUAUGCACGGCACGGUUCUCUCAACAGUUUACCCUAACAAAACACAUGCGUAUCCACACGGGGGAACGGCCGUACGACUGCUCCAUCUGCAAGGCACGGUUCACUGAACGGUCAACCCUCACUAAACACAUGCGGACCCACACUGGGGAGCGGCCGUACGGCUGCUCCAUAUGCACGGCACGGUUCUCUCAACAGUUUACCCUAACAAAACACAUGCGUAUCCACACGGGGGAACGGCCGUAUGGCUGCUCCAUCUGCACGGCACGGUUCACUCAACGGGUCAGCCUCACUAAACACAUGCGAACCCACACUGGGGAGCGGCCGUACAGCUGCUCCUUAUGCACGGCACGGUUCGCUUUACGGUCUCACCUCACCACACACAUGCGGACCCACACUGGGGAGCGGCCGUACGACUGCUCCAUCUGCAAGGCACGGUUCACUGAACGGUCAACCCUCACUAAACACAUGCGGACCCACACUGGGGCGAGGCCGUACGGCUGCUCCAUAUGCACGGCACGGUUCUCUCAACAGUUUACCCUAACAAAACACAUGCGUAUCCACACGGGGGAACGGCCGUAUGGAUGUUCCUUAUGCACGGCACGGUUCAUUCAACGGUCACACCUCACCGGACACAUGCGAUCCCACUCAAAGAGCGGCCGCACUGCUGGCACUACCAUCUAACGCUUUGUUAGUUUGACACACAAUAGAUUGGUUUAAACCGGUACAUAGUUUUGAGGAUCACACAGGUAUGACCGAUACGGUAAAUGGUUUGACUGUCGAAAUGCAAUGCUGAGACGCAUCGACACAGGUAUGACCGGCCAUUGUUGUGCGUUUGAUCGUUGUGUUUUAUCUGUCCUGUGGUUGUCGUUUGUGAGGUCUCAGGUUUGUUGCUAAUCGUGUAACAUCACCCGGUUUCUGUAUGUCAAUACAGGUUGAAGUAGUAGUUUUUUAA